CCAAGAUAAAACUUGAAUUUUUGCUUUUUUACCCUCAAAAUAUUUAGAAAUUAUACUUGUAUAUAUUCAUAGUUAAAGAUAUCUUUGUGAUAAAAAUUCUUUAGUUCUACUGUAUGCAAAUUUAUAAAAACUUGCUAUUUUGAGUUUUAAUAUAAUGAAAUUACUAAUUGAUUAUCUUCUUUUACAUUUACCCAAAGCUUUAAAUUUCCGAGAUUUGUUAAAACAGGUUUCAGAAGUUAAAAUGUAGAAAGAUCAGUUUUAGUUUGACUUCUCAAAAUUUUAAAAUUAUUUUAGGUUUCAUAAAGUUAUUUAUUUUAAAUUGUGCUUUUUAUUUUUGAAUUUUUAUUGGUUGUACAGAAAACAUUCCAAACACUUUUGUACUUCAUUGUUUGAAUAUUAAAAAAGUAUACAUUUUACAAGAAUAACUAAAAGGUGUUUCGAUGCGUAUCAAUCAUAUCUAUAAAAUGAGAAUUCUCUCGUAAUUCUAGGACCAAAAAUAAGGGCGUAAAGUGUUUUUAGGUAAAAAAUUGUUCUUAUGAGGUACUCAAGGUUGUUCCACUACAGUACGCUUUUUAAUCUUAAAGUACAAGCUUAUGGCUAUGUAAAUUUUGAGUUUAAUCCCAUUUCAUCUUCACAUUGAAUCAACUCUUUCCAAUAUAGCUAUGUCACUUAUGGUUAUAUCAACAUAGAAGUUUAUGUGAUAUAGACAGCUGAUUCUAAAUUGUAUAGUCACUAUAACUAAAACAUAGUCCAACAUUUUACCCUUGUUUCAGCUACACCAUGGGGGAAAAUGCCAGUUUUGGAGAUAAACAGACAGACGGUUACACAGACCGCUGCCAUCUGCCGCUACCUGGCGAGGGAGGCAGGAUUGUGUGGCAAGGACAACUGGGAGGACCUCAGGAUUGACCAGAUAGUUGAUGUCAAUACUGAUUUUGUCAGAGAAUUUACAAAAUAUUACUAUGAGUUCGACGAAAAGAAGAAAGAAUCAUUGAAACGACCUCUUUUUAAUACAAUUGCACCAUUUUAUAUGAAGAAGUUUGACGCUCUUAUCAAGGAAAACGAAGGAUAUCUAGCAAACAAAGAGAUGUCAUGGGCUGAUCUGUACUUCACUGCUCUGAGCGAUGGCAUCAGCCACAUGAAUGGUUCUGAGAUAACUGAUGGCUAUUCAAAUGUCAAACGGCUGCAAGAAAUAGUCAACUCGCUUCCACAGAUCAAGGCUUGGCUUGCCAAAAGACCUGCAGAUGACUUCAGUUUCGAAGACGUUUUGUUUGCUGCUGCAAACAAGAAAUGAAUUCAGAACGUUUCACGCGCAUUUUUUGUAGUAAUUUAUUUUUUGUUAUUGGCAUCCCUUUAUAAUAAAUCUUUACACUAUACUGUUA